AUGUGCAAUGAGGAAGGCGGAUCCCUCCUCGAUCCCAACGAUCCGUCCGUCCGAAGCUUCAUCGACGGCCUCGAGGAGUUCAAUCGGUUUGCCUUUUCUUUCUUUUCUCUCUUGUUUGUGUGUCCGCAACUCGAACCCGAUCCAAUUAAUAAUACAUUCACCCUUAAAUCUAAUCAUGACGUGAAUAGAAUGGUAGGCGUUUUUUUUUGGUCCAAUUUUCGCCAUGCUUUUUUUUUCUUUUUUUGCGUUUUACUUACUAGGGUACGUUCCUUUUUUGAAUUUUCUGAUUAUUUCAAGGUUCAGAAUCAAACUUCACUGAGGAACGAGCAAUCUAAAACGGAUAUUUGGGACUAGAGACACUUAGAAUGAACAACAAUCCAAAAGUUCCCAGAUUUAUUUUUCCACAUAUUUCAAAACUUCCGAAUGAGCUUCUAUCCUUGCCAAAUCUUCAGUGAAGAGUUUUUUUUACAGAGUAUACACGGUAUUCCAUCGAUAUGCCUGUCUGGUCAUCUGUAUCCUCGGCGUCGCCUCGAACGUCAUCCACAUUCUGGUGCUGUCGAGGCCGCGGAUGCGUCGUUGCGCCGUCAACUGCGUCCUGACUGCCGUCGCCAUGUGUGACGUCAUCACCAUGCUCAGCUACAGCGUCUACCUCUUCAGAUUCCGGAUCUAUCAGGUAAUUUUUUUAAAAAUUCUAUUAUUCCGUGAUUUUCUUCGUGGGCGCGCCGUAGCGCAACAGGUUGUGUGCCUGUCUACGGUCCACAGGGUCACAAGUUCGAUCCCCGCCCCGACCCAACCAAGGGGUUUAAGAAUUGUUGGUAGUGGGAAACCACGACUUCAAAAUCCCCAGCCGUCACACACAAGGACGGAUAUGUCACUGGAGCCAGUCCACUGGUAUCAGGAUAAGACCUCGGCUCAUCGACUUGGGGCGCCGACGCCGCUCAAGCGGUACAAAGGCGUAGGAAGAAGAAGAAGAAGAAGAAGAUUUCGAGAUUUCUUCGAAAAGUUUAAAGUAAAUGCUGACUCAUUUCAGGGAGACAUGGGCUACUCGUACAGCUGGAUGGUUUUCCUGAAAUUCCACGUGGUUUCCUCGAUGACCCUCCACGCGAUAACUCUGUACAUGAGUGCCGCUUUGGCGUUCAUCCGGUGGCAGGCCCUCGGAAAUAUUCACAGUCGGUGGCUUCUUCCAGCCUCCGCUUGGUUCGUUUUUGGUCGAAGGAAAAUUAAAAAUUGGUUAGGAAACUCUUUGAUAUACCAGAGAAAGCUGUAUAGUCUGUUCAGAUUUUGAAGGUCAAGCUACAAACUCCGCCCCCAAAAACGCUCUGUGGAUGGCUUGCUCUCUGAUUGGGUUGAUCUAAGGGGCGGAGCUUGAGCGAUGACUUGACGAUCCAAAUCUGAACAGACUAUAACAAGCUGCACGAUUUUUUAAUUUUCAAGAAACAAACUUCGAAAUAAAAAAAAAAUCGAUUACAACUUGAAGGAUUGUCUGUAUGUUUCCGAAAAUAUUCUACUUUUUUUUGAGAAUUUUUUUUUAUUUAAUUAAAAAUGUUUGCUCGAAGAAAGGAAGCAGUUUUGAAGCAUUUGCAGAAACUUACAAUUUUGUCUUUUUUUUUCUCUUUUUUUUUGCAAAAUUCAUUCUGCUUCCUCAGUCACGAGCUUCACUAGAAACAAAAAGAAAAGCAAAAUGUUGCUCCCAUUGAGCCCAAUGUUUCUUUUAAUCCAAAUAAAGACUAGACUUUGCGGUCCAACAACUUUUGACUCAUUCUCAGGACUAGAAAAAAAAUUGGAAAGCUUGAAGUUUAACGGUUGGCUGCCCAUCUUUCGAAAUUCGGCUUUCGGCUACUUUUUUUUGAAUUUUCGAUGUAUGAGAGGUAAAAAAAAGUGGCUAAAAGGUUGAGAACAAAAAAAAACUAAUCGAAAAACGGGAUAUUCCUACAAAAUAUCGAAAUAAAAAAAAUUGACUCAAUAUUUAAGCUAUGAUCUCGGAAAAAUUUCAUCAUAACUAAGUUUUUCAUGAGAAGAUUUUUUUCUCAGUGGAGCGCAAUUGUGUUUCUCAAGAUUACGGUUUUAUUUCCCAAAUAAAAAUUUCUCAUUUCUCAAAACGAGUUUUUUGACCUCAAACACGGUUUCGGUGUACUUUUGGUCUUCGAAUCAUGCAGCUGCAACAAAUGCACAUGUCCUGAACGAAAACUCUGUAGUUUGUAUCCGUUUCUGGCUUCUCCUCAUUCUAUCUUGACGUGGAAAAAAAAGUUGCAAAAUGACGUUCAUGCACUGGCUAAUUUAUACAGAAAGUUGUGGGGGCAUAAAAAAUGAAACAAAAAAAAAAAAAUUUCCAGGAGGCUUUUCAUCUUCGUCACCGCCGUGAUUGCCGUCGUUUGCCUGCCAACCCUUUUUCUUCACGAAAUCUAUCAGUUGAGCCCAGAUGGUUGGUUUUUACUCGAGAUUAUCCCUGUGCAUCUUAGAAAUUAGAGGAAAUUGAAUUCGAAAGGUCAAAAUAACGGGGAAGAUAGAGAAAACUGAAAAAAAAGCCUAAAUUCAGAUAGGCAACGAUGGAUUUUGUCCACGCUUUUAUUAUUUUUUUUGCUUCAUACGAUUCAAGUCUUUCCAAGUCUACAUUCUGAAUCCGUAUUUUUUCAAAAUUUUGAACCUUUUCAGUAAAAAUUGCAAUCCGAAGUUCAAAAACUGAACUUGUCACGUCUACGGUAGCGGCGUGAGAUAAAAUGUUUUGUACGCGGUGCACGCGAUGCAUGAAAAAUGACGCGCAAAAAGAAAAUUUAACUGUUUUUUAUGACUUAAGUCAGUUUUCUAGCUGUCAUUCAUUCAAAGAACGCUGAAAAGUACAAAUUUCAUGAAAAGGAUGCCUUGAAAUCAAACAGAGUGAAAUACUUCCUGCUAGGACUAUUAAUCUAUUUCAAUUCCCAAUUUUUUUUUUUCUGACGAUUCAACACUGGGGACCUUCUCGCAACAACAAGGAAAACAAUUUUCUGUCCCAAUCAAUUUUUUAAAAAAAAUUGUAUCUGAAUUGAGAUAAAAUUACUCCUUUUUCAGUCGUCGAAACGUCAACAGUGUCCGAAGUUAUGCGGUUAUCGGGACAAGGACUCAGUCCACAACCUGAGCCUUUCUACAGUCUAAACUUCUCCACCUAUUCGUGCGCCUUCUUCAAGUUCAACCUCUGGAUGUUGGCCAUUGUUUGAAGGUAAUAAUUGUUUUAAAAACAUAUCGAAAAAUCAAUUAUCCAGGCGAUUCCUUGCGGGCUUCUUCUUUGGUUCACGAUCGCCUUGGUUUUGAAACUGCGGCAGACCGACGAGAAGCGGAAUUAUCUCUACUCUAAGAGUUUCCGGAAGCACAUCAAGAAAACGACGGUUCCUGACAGGACCACUUACAUGUUGAUCAUCAUGCUCGUCGUGUUCCUGAUAACGGAAUUGCCUCAAGGAGUUCUGGCCCUUCUGAAUGGUCCGUUUUCCUUUUAGCUUUCUGGAAGUUACGGAAGGAUUUCAGGACUGUACACUACUGAUAUCAACACGCACAUUUAUCGGAAUGUCGGAGAAUUGUUGGAUUUCCUGUCGUUGAUCAACUGCAGGUUGGUUUUGUACUUUCAAGAAAGUGGAAUGAGGAUAGAAUUAAAGUCUCAUGAAAAGUGGAAAAGUGUAGGAGUUUGGAAAAUAUUUUUAUUAUUCAAAAUAAACUGGUCUUUAGACUGUAUUAGACCUGUUUAUUUCGAAUAGAAAAAAUUAGGAGUCUACCAAAGUGAAACUCGAAAUACUUCUCUAAAAAAAUUUGACAUAACAAGAAAAUCUCCCCCUGAAAAUAUUAUUUUUUUCGAGCUUAUGAUUCAACUUCCUCUCUGGAAUAGAUCUGAAUAUAUGAUCUGAAAAAUAAAAACCAAAAACAUGGAGAAUUUUAAAAGUCAAACUUUCCUUCCUUUAUGAAAAUUCCAUCUUUCCAGCGUGGAUUUUGUGCUGUACUGCUUCAUGAGCUCGCGAUAUCGCCAAACCUUCGGCCACAUGCUCAUCCGUGUGGAAUCCUGGCUCCGGAAUCAACAUCACCGACGCAAACUCGCCAAGGAAAUCGCAAAAGUCCCGCCGCCCACUAUGGUUUAA